UUUCCCCGAGGAGAACAGGUAAUAUAAAUGAUAAACCUCUCAUUCAGUCUUCCUGUUCAGCGGCCAUUGCUACAGGAAAGUGAAAACCGGAAAUUCAUUCUCUAUCUGCUUCCUCGCCGCCGGAAGCCUUCAAUUUUCCUCAAUCUCGAUCAUUUCUCGGUGGCGUACAUCAUCAUUGACGUCUCCUAAAGACUAACCGCAAGUUGCAAUAGAAACCCUAAACAGAGAACUCCCAGUUCUCUUACGAUCUACCGUCCAUCACAUUCAAUUUUGCCACUAAAGCUCGUUUUUUCAUUCUCUUUUUGUCUUAUACAGUUACUUCUAUUGGUCUUUUCUCGCCACAGCAAACAAGAAACGGCCGUCAUCUGCUUUGGUGCUUAAAGCUUAGCUUUUCUUUCGACUGUUGCUGCAUAGUUGGCAAGAAAAGAGAGAGUGAUUUUAAUUUUAUUCAUCUGGGAGAAAAUGGAGAAGGAGGAGUUUAAGGUCUACAACUCAAUGACCCAACAGAAGGAAGUGUUUGUACCGAAAAUUCCUGGCAAGGUUGGCAUGUAUGUCUGUGGUGUAACCUCCUAUGAUCUCAGCCACCUUGGCCAUGCUCGUGCAGCUGUCUGCUUUGACAUCCUCUACAGGUACUUAAAACAUUUGGGCUAUGAAGUUACUUAUAUCAGGAAUUUUACAGAUGUUGAUGACAAGAUAAUUCGUCGUGCAAAUGAGUCUGGAGAAGAUCCGUUGAAAUUAAGCAACAGAUUCUGUGAAGAAUAUCUUAAAGACAUGGAUGCACUUCUGUGUCUCCGUCCAACAUAUCAGCCUCGUGUGAGUGAACACAUGGAACAGAUCAAGGAUAUGAUAAAGCAGAUUAUCAACAAUGACUGUGCCUACGUGGUUGAUGGAGAUGUGUUUUUUUCUGUUAACAAAUCCCCAAAUUAUGGCCAGUUAUCUGGACAGAAGCUGGAACAUAAUAGAGCUGGUGAGCGUGUUGCUGUUGACUCAAGGAAGCGUAAUCCAGCUGACUUCGCACUGUGGAAGGCUGCAAAACCUGGUGAACCAAGCUGGGACAGCCCAUGGGGUCCUGGAAGACCAGGAUGGCAUAUUGAAUGCAGUGCUAUGAGUGCUCAUUAUCUUACAUUCAAAUUUGAUAUUCAUGGAGGUGGAAUAGAUUUGAUAUUUCCACAUCACGAAAACGAGAUUGCACAGAGUUCUGCUGCAUGCCAAGAGAGCAAUAUAGCCUACUGGAUGCAUAAUGGGCAUGUGACUAAUAACAACGAGAAAAUGUCAAAAUCAUUGGGCAAUUUCUUCACAAUUCGUGAGAUUAUUGCUAGGUACCAUCCGCUGGCUUUAAGGCAUUUCUUGAUAAGUGCACACUAUCGCUCUCCUCUCAAUUACACAAUUUCCCAGCUGGAAAGUGCUUCUGAUGCUGUUUAUUAUGUAUACCAGACUUUGCAAGAUCUUCAUGAUGCCAUAUCACCAUAUCAAGAAGAAAUAUCCAAAGUUGGCAUAAAUGCUGGGAUUGCCAAGGAUGGCAAAAAGGUUGGUGUUUCGCCUGAUGCCGAAAAGUGCUUUGACUGUGUCAAUAGUCUACAACGUGAGUUCCAGGCUAAAAUGUCAGAUGAUUUAAAUACAGCCAGUAUACUGACUGGUACAUUCCAAGAAGCUUUGAAAAUCAUAAAUGGUUCUUUGAAGAAGAUCAAGAGGAAAAACAAAGAUUUCAAGAUGAGUGAUCAGAUCAGAACUGAUCUGACAGCAAAAGGAAUUGCGCUUAUGGAUGUUGGCGCGGAAACAGUCUGGAGGCCAUGUGUUCCAUCCGGACAGGAUCAGGAGACAUCUGAAGUCAACGGAGAGCAAAAGAUGCCACCAUUUGAACAACAGAAGUUGAAACCUGGCAUUGAAUUGAUGGUGUCUAAGCCUUGAUUAGGGCGCAGUCAAAUCGGAGGGCAUCUGAUUACAGGUGUGGUAUGUUUCGAUCUACUUGAGCAGGUUGUAUACUGACAACUUCAUAACGUUGAUUUAUGUUGUAACAUUUUUCUGCUGACUUACAAGUUUUCAGAACACAAAGAGAGAUUAGGUUAAGUUGGAAAACCUAUCUGGAUAAAUUAUUUUCAGCUUAUAUUAUAUACAAUACAGAAGCUUGGUUAGACAA